AGAAGAGAUCGAAGCACUCAGAGCAAAGAUGUCUGAUGUUAUUCUUUUGGACUGUUGGGCGAGUCCCUUCUGCAUGAGGGUGAAGAUUGCCCUGGAGGAAAAGGGCAUCAAGUAUGAAAACAGAGCUGAGGAUCUCUUUGGAGGCAAGAGUGAACUGCUGCUCACGUCGAACCCAAUUUACGGGAAGGUGCCGGUGCUGCUUCACAAUGGAAAACCAUUGUGUGAGUCGAGCAUCAUCGUUGGCUACAUUGAUGAGACCUGGGCUUCACCACCACUACUCCCAUCUUGCCCUUAUGGUCGGGCUCAAGCCAAGUUCUGGGCUGACUUCAUUGACAAAAAGUUGUUCGAUGCGGGCGGCAACAUAUGGAAAACCAAAGGAGAAGCACAAGCGGUGGCUGUAAAAGACUUCAUAGAGAUCUUAAAGCAGCUGGAGGGUGGUCUGGGAGACAAGGAUUACUUCGGUGGCGAUAGCUUUGGUUUUGUGGACAUCAUAGCGAUUGCUAUAAUCAGCUGGUUUAAUGCAUUCGAAAGGUUUGGCAACUUCAAGGUUGAAGACCACACCCCAAAGUUUUCAGCUUGGAUUAAGAGGUGUUUGCAGAGAGAGACAGUAGCCAAAAUCAUUCCAGACCCAGAAAAGGUGUAUGAAUUUGUCCUCCUUCUCAAAAAGAUGAACGGUAUUGAAUAGAGAUCGAAAUCGGCCAACUUGUUUGAUGGAUCAAAACUAGUACUUUGUGUACUUGGGGUCUCUUUCUCUUGCAGUCUACUUUUUUGUGUUUAUGUUCUUGGGUAGGCCUUCCUUGUCUCUCCUAUGUAUCGGAAGAAAAAUAAGUAACAAUAAUCAUUUUCCUGGAUCAUCUCCAAUUGCUCUAAUGUACUCGGAUUCAGUUCAUAAUAUAGGAAAAUGAGUCUUCUUAGGGGACAGUCUUUUGACAACUUUGUUUUCAUAAAUAAAUUGAACUUUUUGACUGUUGAUCAUAUUGUAAUUUUUCUUCUCUCUCUAUCUAAUGUUCAAUAUUGCAGUUUUUUUCUUUUUUCUUUUUUGGUGUCUAUCUCUCUCUAAUGUUUAACUUUGUUUCCAGCUAAAUAAAAAGGUUAAUUAAUUUUAAUUACUUCAUUGCAAGUGAAGUGCUUCAUCUGUUUUCUUGCAUUCCAAAACUUCCUUUGGAUUAAUGCUAUGCGUACCAAAUUUGCAUGGCAUCUUUGAAUUCCAAACAUAUCUACGUCCAUACUUCAAUGGAGGUUUUGGUCUAAUGGCACAUAUAUGAAAAGCUUAAAUCCUUAUAAUUUGGUUGUUGUGAUCUUGUUUUUAGUACAAAUUAUAAUCUAAACUAAAUGGAAGAGAGAUUUCUCACACGCAUAUAUAACUAAGAUACAAUGGAAUUCGAACCUGAGACCUCUUGUUAGCAAGUGAAUCUCAUUUUUCACUCGACUAAAAGAAACAUAUAUUUUAUUUCUUG